CAUGAGCUUCAGCUUUCGUUUUCGCUUGACAGUGGGAGGGUUGAGUACGGGUAGUUCGACUGGUUAUUCGGAAUGUUCGUUUGAUGUACUACUACUUAAUAAAGUUUCUGAGGUCUUUGCUCUGUGGUGUGUUAAAAUUUGUACGUAAGUUGACUACUUCGUUUUUGGGUCUUCUUAACCUGCGUUUGCGAUAUAUUCGCCAAAUUAACAUGGAGUCAGAUGAUGAGUGUGAGUUAGACUCCACAUGGGAGGAUGAAUACAAAAAUAAAGAACCCAGAAAGAAGAACAAAAGAAGGAGUCACAGGAACAGGUAUGCUGCAAAGGACAUGCAAGACUUUCGGCAUAGAGUCCGGAACUUAGAUGAUGAUGAUGAUGACGAUGAUGAUGACAACGAACCAGGUGAAGGCAGAUUCUAUAACCUGGAGUUUUACCAUGGUAAAAUAAAUUCUUCACCUGAUGAUGUUCACAUUGAUACAUUUCACAAGCAGUGGAAGGGUCAAUAUGACUGGCUGGAAGACUGUCACUCCUACAUUCAAUGGUUGUUUCCAAUACAAGAGCCAGGGGUGAAUUGGAGUGCACAUGUGCUCACAGAAAAGGAAAUAAAGCUGUUCCGUAAAGAUGAAGAAGCAAAGAAGAAAUUGGUGGAAUCAUAUAAGCUCAUGCUAGAUUUCUAUGGUAUAUGCUUGGUCAAUGAAAAAACAGGAGAAGUGAAACGUACCAAUGACUGGGAGGAACGCUUUAGCAACUUGAACAGAUAUUCACACAACAACCUGCGCAUCACACGCAUCCUGAAGUGUUUGGGGACUCUUGGAUUGAAGCACUACCAGGCCCCACUGGUCAAGUUCUUCCUCCAUGAAACUCUUGUGGAGAAACAACUUCAGCGUGUGAAACAAAGCGUAUUAGAUUACUUUAUGUUUACUGUAUUGGAUAAAUUAGAGAGACAAAAGCUAGUUAGAUUUGCCUUUAAGCAUUUCAAACCCCGAGAACAGUUUGUCUGGGGCCCCAAGAAGAUACUGUCAGGGGAGGUAUAUAGCAAAAAUGAAGAGAAUAAAGACAAUAACACAGCAGAACAUAAGCAGCAAAGAGAAACCGAUAAUGGUGUAAAAGAUCAGCAGGCAAUAAAUAUACAGCCAGUUGAAUCAGUUUCAGACAAAAAUAAUGAAGUUGAACAGGAUUCAGAUGAUAACAGUCAAUGCAGCUCAGGAGACAAAAGUGUAAAGAAAAAUCAAAAGGUGAGCGUUAGUGAUGCCAAGAUGUCAGGGGAGGAACAUAAUGAAAGUGAAAACUUUGACCAUCUUACAGAGAAUACAACUACAGAAGGUGGGCAGCAAAAGGAAACCCUUGAGAGAACACAAGAAUUGAACCAAACAGAUGAACAUAAUCCUGUCAUAAUUAAGCUAAAUGAAAAAGACAGUGAAAAAGAUCAGCAGGCACAGGAUAAUCAGCCAAUCAAAAAUGAACAGGAUCCAACUGAGAACAGUUCAAACACUAAAAAAGUAGAAAAGCAAGAUCAAGAGAAGAGUAAUGAAAGUAAUGAAGAGCAUUUCAAGCCCCAAGAAAACUUUGUCUUGGGCCCCAAGAUUCCCUCAGGUUCUGAAGUGGUACGUGGAGAAAAUGAAAACUUAAGCCAGGUUACAGAAGAUAAAUGCAGUGAAACAGCAGAAGUUGAGCAGGAAAUGGUAAAGCUCCAUGAAAGCACUGAUGAAAUGAGCAAAAUAGAUGCCAAUCAUUCUCCUGAAGGGAUGGAAAAUGAGACACCUAAAGAUAACCUGAAUAUAGAUAAGCCAGAUAGUCCAAACAAAUUGACAGGAACCAAUUCUGAUGGUGAUCAGGGUGCAAAUGAGGACGGUCAGUGCAGCUCAGAAAACAAAAGUGUAAAGCAAAAUCAAGAUAUGAGUGAUGGUGAUAAUGAUGUUGGCAUGACAACAGAAAACAUGUCACAUGAUGAUGGUGUCGGUGACAUGACACCAGAAGACAUGUCUCGUGAUGAUGAUGAUUGUGUUGACAUGACAACAAAAAACAUGUCUCUUGAUGAUGAUGUUUCUGUCAGGUGAGGUACAUAGCAAAAAUUAAAACUUUAGCCAGCUCAGAUAUAUAGCACACAUGAAGUGAACCAAAUAGAUGAACAGGAUCCAAAUCAGGACAGUCAAUGCAGUUAAAACAAUAUAGAAAAGAGAUGAGUACUGGUAGCGAUGAAGAGACAAAUUCUCAUAAUAAUCUGAAGGAGGGUCUAAAUAUCUGAUUUGCUAAAUAGAAAUGAGGGAAGGUAUAGUGAAACAAGGAUGUUAUAGUUUAAAAAGGUUGAACUUAAAAAGAUUGUUUCAUGAAUUUGUUUGUUUGUUCCUCUGAAUUAUAUUAAUAUAUAUGAUCUAUCUGAAUGUCAUUUUGAAUUUUGGCUUAAGUUAAAAAAUCAGAUUACUAAAUAUGAAUAUGUUUUUAUUUUGUAGAUAAAACUUGUGAUGAUAAGGCAAGGUUGCCUUAUGAAAAUUAGCACCAAUUUCUCUGCUUUUAGCCCAUCUCUGAUUACUACUUCUACUGAGAUUACUGGAAAUAUAUUGGAAUUUUCUUUAUGUGAGUUUUUGAAAGUUGAAUAUUUAUUUGCAUGAUUUAGAUAAUUGAUGACUUAUGAUUACAAACUGUAUAAUAAAAUUAAAUUUGAAUGAUUUGCAUAAAUACAUAGUGUUGAUUCUAUUGAAGUCUGUAAAAAUCAUGCUGUUUUGGUUUGCUAUUUAGGUUUGUUUUUUAGGUUUGUUUUUUACUGCUGAAGCAAAUAAAUGAUGUCUUCACACUAAUAAAAUGCUAAAAAUAAGAAUAGAACAUUUUGUAAACCACACUGAACAUUCAUAGCUACAUGCCAUGAAUAUCAAUAAAAAAUAAAAAAAAUAAAAAA